GCUGGCUCAAUUUCUAAGCAGUAUGAACCUGCGGGCUUUCGUCAUCGCUACGAUCGCGACGCUGGUCGUCGUGCAUGCCGAAGUCACGUACAUCAACCACGACGAAGUCAAACCGUUUGCGCAGCCCAAACCAACGACCGACUCGGAGGUGGCCGCCGUCAAAUACAAGCCUCAGCUCUACGUCUCGUACGGCUGUCGCCCGUAUCCGGCCGUGCAGGCUGACGGGUCCGUAAGUGCUGGUCUCAAAGGAAGUGGACCAAUGGAUGGCGAGUGCGAGGGCUCGCCGUUGGGCUCUCAGGUGUAUUCUCGUUCGACCUGGUAUGAGGACAAGUGGGCCAUCAUGUAUGCGUGGUACCUUCCCAAAGGUCGAAACACCAAAUAUCAGCGUCGUCACUUCUGGGAAGCUGCCGUUGUCUGGAUCGAUGACCCUGCACUCGCCAAUUCGACAAUUCUCGGUGUGUCAUUGAAUUAUGGCCGUCGCCACAAAUCCAAAGCCCCUCUGGAGCGCCGGUAUCUUGAGGGCUCAAACGUGAAGCUUGAAUCAUACAAGGGGUACGGAAAACCGAGACCGAGGCUGCGUUUCACGCAGCUCAAAGGCGAAACCCAGCACCUCAUCACGUGGGAACAGCUCACUAAAGAAGCCCGCGAUGCCUUGAGCAAUGCCAAAUUUAACACCGGACUGUUCAAGAGGACGAAGAGAGAGAUGCCCUUAAAAGACGGCGUUUUCGAGAAGAGACUGAAAGAUGCUUAUCCGUUUUGA